AUGUCAGCACUUAAAAGUACCUUACCCACGUUUCAAAGCUCCUCAUUAUCAUCAUCAUCGACUUCGUCAUUAUAUACGAAUUCAUACGUACCGCAGACAUCAUCGACGCCUAAUCACAACCAUAAUCAUAAUAAUACUUCGAAUAAUCAUAUUUCCUAUCCGUAUCGUUCAACAUCAUCGUUAUAUAGUACAGAAUCGAAUCAUCUAAACGGUUCGUCAUACCCAAUGUCGUCGUCGACGUACCGUUCUCAAUCACUUGCCUUUCCGAAACCGUCUAUGUUCCAUCAAACACGCGAAAAAGAAAAGUUAGAAUUAUCCACCUUAAAUGAUAAAUUUGCUGACUAUGUCGAAAAAGUUCGAUAUCUCGAAGCCCAGAAUAAGAAAGUUCAAAUGGAGACCACCAUUCUCAAUGAGAAACAAGAUACGAAUUGUCAACGAAUGAAAAGCAUGUUCGAAAAUGAAGUUGCACAAUUGAAAGAGAUCGUAGAGAAACUCUUUCAAGAGAAAAAUACCAUUACCUACGCCGCCAAAGAAGCACAGAAUGGCAUUUAUCCUUUAAAGCAACGUCUUAAUCAAACAUUCAAAGAAAGCGAUUCAUCCAAGUACGAAACCGAACGAAUCGAACGGCAAUUAUCAUC